GGACUCUCCCUCCAGUACCAAGAUGGCGGUGUGUAUUGCGGUGAUCGCCAAAGAGAAUUACCCACUCUAUAUCCGAAGCAUCCCCGCAGAGCAUGAGCUGAAGUUCCAUUACACGGUGCACACGUCUCUUGAUGUGGUAGAUGAGAAGGUCUCUGCAAUGGGAAAGGCCCUCGUAGAUCAGAGGGAGCUCUACCUGGGACUCCUGUACCCCACAGAAGACUACAAAGUAUAUGGCUAUGUGACGAAUUCCAAGGUGAAAUUUGUAAUGGUGGUGGAUUCUUCCAACACAGCACUUCGAGACAACGAGAUCCGCAGUAUGUUUCGAAAGCUACAUAAUUCCUACACAGAUGUCAUGUGCAACCCCUUCUACAACCCUGGAGACCGUAUUCAUUCUAGUUUACAGUUUACCCUUUCACAGGCCUUUGACAACAUGGUCACUUCCAUGAUGGUGCAGGUUUGUUGAGAGAGUAGAGUUUCCAGCUCUUUCUGAAAAUGCCAUUUUGUAAAUAACUAUAUCCUCCAGAUGUGUGUAUAUAUUGUCUUCUCCUAUGUAUAAUAUAAAAGAUGCUCUAUUUGGAUGUCCAGAAACUCUUGUAUGAAGUGAAAGACUAUGGAAAGCUUAUUUCAAUAAAAUCUUGAAUCUGCUUAAUAAA